GUACAAUGUAUGUGCGUGAACGUACGUGUGCGAUCUAUGGCGUAAAUUCGUGGAUGUAAAUUCGUUAAAAAGACAACGCCAGCGGACUGUUGGGAUGGGGCAGACUCUCUCGGAGCCGGUAACUGCCAAGGAGACAUCGGCAUGCGAGAACCACAUGUUCAAAGUGGGUGCCUCCUGCAUGCAGGGAUGGCGCAUCAAUAUGGAAGAUGCGCAUACAACCAAGCUAAACACGGACGAUGACAGGGACUCGGCGUUCUUUGCCGUCUACGAUGGACAUGGGGGGGCCAAAGUUGCACAGUAUGCUGGUCAGCACCUCCACACAAAACUGACCAAUCAGGCAUCGUAUAAGAAGGGCGACAUUGCUGACAGCAUCAAGAAAGCCUUUUUGUUAUUGGACGAGGAUAUGCUUAGUGAUGAGACAAUGAAAGACGAACUUGCGGGCACAACAGCUCUGAUUGUGGUUGUAAAAAAUGGAAAAAUAUAUUGUGGAAAUGUUGGAGACUCCAGGGCGGUAGCUAGUGUCAGUGGUCAUGCUCAGGCAUUGUCACAUGAUCACAAACCAGGCAAUGAGGAGGAAACUAAGAGAAUUAUAGCUGCUGGAGGAUGGGUGGAAUUCAACAGAGUCAAUGGCAAUUUGGCACUCUCGAGAGCAUUAGGAGAUUUCGUCUUCAAGAGGAAUGAAAGCAAACCGGCAGAAGAACAGAUUGUUAUAGCGGUGCCCGAUGUGACAGUAAACGAUAUUCGGCCAGACCAUGAGUUCUUAGUGCUGGCGUGCGACGGCAUCUGGGAUGUACUGACCAAUCAGGAGGUGGUAGACUUCAUCAGGUCAAGAAUAGCCAGUAAAAUGGAACCCGAAAAGAUCUGUGAGGAUCUGAUGACGAGGUGCUUGGCACCUGACUGCCAGAUGGGGGGUCUUGGCUGCGACAACAUGACAGUGGUUCUGGUGACCUUUCUUCAAGAAGAGACAUACAUGGAGCUGGCUGUGCGAUGUGCCAAGCCCCGGCCCGACAAGCCCCCAUGGGAAGGGGAGGAGGCCAAUGUAUGAAAGCAGGGCUGGCGGGACGGAGGCGUUGAUGUACAGAAUUGUGAAUACGCUGUGCUCAACUGAAUGUUACAAUUUUGGACUUCAUCUUAUUACAGGAUCGCUAAAUGAUAUACUAGCUUCCUGGAGACAAGAUCUUACAAAAAAGAGGGAAAAACCUAAUGUGUUCUGGCUUGUCAAGUCAUACUCUUGGAGUAUUUUGGGGUGGUGUGAUGUGAACAUCGGUGUUGGAAACUCUGAAUGGAUCCUUCCAGAACGUCAGUGAAGGUGUGAAAAAAAAAGUUGUUGAACCCUGCUUCAAGUUUCCUCCCUAGUCUUGCCUCUCCUGCAAAAAUCAGAAAUGAGAAAAAAAAUGACUUCCCUACGCAUCGUCGUCCUUCGAAUGGUCUUGUUCUUGUAGGUACAGUAGUCAGCAAUAAAUGCAGUACUGAGAGAUUGUGAAUAUUUUAGUAAAUCAAAAUCAGAGGACAAUGUGACUAGACUGUAUACUAUGAGUUUGAAACAAAAUGACAUUUGUGUCAGGUGAUUUGGGGGGGCUAGGUUUGUUUUAGAUUUACAGGAAUUGUUAGGUAAUGUGUCAUACUGUGUGUAACUGCAUUCGUGUUACUGUCCUACAUGCUCUCGUCAACAGGGUGUAGGGAGUAUUUAGCCAGACCAAGUACAUGUGUUUAACAGUAUGCUAAUUUGGGAAGCGCCUUCAGUCAGCCUGAAAUAUAGGCACUCAGAAGAUGGCAGGUGUAUUUGAUGAUAUUUUAAUUUGGGACAGUGUCUUCAAUCAGCCUGAAAUGUACGUACACAGAAGAUGGUAGAUUUAUUUGAUGAUAUAAUCAUUUGGGACAGCGUCUUGUAUUAGCCUGAAACGUAGAUACCCUAAAGAUGGCUUUAUUUUUCUGGUUUUAAUACAGUUAUAAUCAUACCUUGAUGCUAUGAAAAAUCCAAACUAAUGAAGCCUUUAUAUUCAGAAAAGGAGACCAUAGUUAUAAUUUGUUAAAGUUCUUGUUUCGUCUGCUUUUAGUUAUUCAGAAAUCUUUGUUUACUCUCUGUCUCCCUGAAUGAAUCAGAGAUAAUUGCAACGAAAUUACAUGUAUGCCUGUGUGUAUUAAUAUUAAAUCUCUGUAAUUAGUAACAUUCAAUAGACAUACAUGUGUAUCCACGAGACAACAAGUGGUGUAUUUGCUGAGUACAGUCUAAAAUGUUAAAAGUUAAUUGAGAAAAAAUAAAAGAUACAAAUUCAAUAUUGACUGCGGACGUACGGGCAUGUAUAUAUUGUAAUUAAACCAUGAAAUGUAAUUUAGCAAAGAUGCAGACAACUCUGAGUGUUGCAGCAAACAUGAUCGGACUUCAAGAAGACUUUGUCACCUCCCAUAGGAAAGAAGGGGCGUGGUCUUUUGAAUUUCUGCUUCCAACUUAAACUUGUGUACAGUUGGCAAUCUGGGCAUUCUUGACAAGAACCAUUAAUUUGUACCAGUUCCAGUAUAUUUUUCUGGCCUAUUGUGGGGGAGAGAAGUAUGCAAUUUGAAAUUUUCAGCAGUAAUUGCAACAGUCUUAGCAUUUGAGGAAUUGUGUCUGGAAAUUAAAAAUGCCACUUGAGAACCAGUCUGUACUUUGUCUAGUUUUCAUUUUUGUUUUUAAAAUACACUGUGAAAAACUGAGAGUUAUGUCAUAUCCUGUAAGUACCUGUAGAUUCUUCAACAAGUGGAAUUUGAAUUGUAAAGUUUUAAAACAGUUUGUUAAAUUGUACAGGACUAAAAACAAGAAAAUUGUUGAAAGGCAUGAAGUCAGUUGAAGUGAUUAAAACGUGUGCUUUCAGGCAAAAACAUA